ACGACCCUGGUGAACACGAGCAACAAAGGGCCCUCCGGCAAAAAGAAAGGCCGGUCUAAGAAGGCUCACGUUCUCGCCGCCUCGGUGGAGCAAGCCACGCAGAACUUUUUGGAGAAAGGAGAACAGAUUGCCAAGGAGAGCCAAGACCUGAAAGAUGAGUUGGUGGCUGCUGUGGAAGAUGUCCGUAAGCAAGGUGAAACGAUGCGAAUUGCUUCGUCAGAGUUUGCCGACGAUCCCUGCUCCUCUGUCAAGCGAGGCACGAUGGUUCGAGCUGCCCGCGCCCUGCUGUCCGCCGUCACUCGCUUGCUCAUCCUGGCUGACAUGGCGGACGUCAUGAGGCUUCUCUCUCAUCUGAAAAUUGUAGAAGAAGCUCUCGAAGCUGUGAAGAAUGCCACAAAUGAGCAAGACCUUGCAAAUCGCUUCAAGGAAUUUGGGAAGGAGAUGGUGAAACUGAACUACGUCGCUGCGAGAAGGCAACAGGAACUGAAAGAUCCCCACUGUAGGGACGAGAUGGCGGCUGCACGUGGCGCCCUGAAGAAGAAUGCCACCAUGCUGUACACGGCCUCGCAAGCUUUCCUCCGCCACCCUGACGUGGCAGCGACCAGAGCCAACAGGGAUUACGUGUUCAAGCAAGUCCAGGAAGCGAUUGCGGGCAUCUCGAAUGCAGCUCAAGCCACUUCUCCCACUGAUGAAAAUAAGGGGCACACUGGCAUCGGGGAGCUUGCUGCUGCGCUGAAUGAAUUCGAUAACAAGAUCAUUUUAGACCCCAUGACGUUCAGUGAAGCCCGAUUCCGACCCUCUCUUGAAGAGAGGUUGGAGAGUAUUAUCAGUGGAGCGGCGCUCAUGGCGGACUCUUCCUGCACCCGCGAUGACCGGCGCGAAAGAAUUGUCGCAGAGUGCAAUGCUGUACGACAGGCCCUGCAGGAUCUCCUUAGCGAAUACAUGAAUAAUACUGGAAGGAAGGAGAAAGGAGAUCCGCUGAACGUUGCCAUCGACAAGAUGACCAAGAAAACGAGAGAUCUACGGAGACAGCUCCGGAAAGCGGUGAUGGAUCACAUAUCGGAUUCCUUCCUUGAGACCAACGUUCCAUUACUGGUUCUCAUCGAAGCAGCCAAGAGCGGCAAUGAGAAAGAAGUGAAGGAAUAUGCACAAGUUUUCCGCGAACAUGCCAACAAGUUAGUGGAGGUUGCCAAUUUGGCAUGUUCCAUUUCCAACAACGAAGAAGGAGUCAAGCUAGUCCGGAUGGCAGCCACCCAGAUUGACAGUCUGUGCCCGCAGGUAAUCAACGCCGCGCUCACGUUGGCAGCCAGACCCCAGAGCAAAGUGGCCCAAGAUAAUAUGGACGUCUUCAAAGACCAGUGGGAGAAGCAAGUCCGGGUGCUCACCGAGGCGGUCGAUGACAUCACUUCCGUGGAUGACUUCCUCUCAGUCUCAGAAAACCACAUUUUGGAGGACGUCAAUAAAUGUGUGAUUGCUCUCCAAGAGGGAGAUGUCGACACGCUGGACAGAACCGCGGGAGCCAUCCGUGGACGAGCUGCCAGAGUCAUCCAUAUCAUUAAUGCCGAGAUGGAAAACUACGAAGCCGGCGUUUACACCGAAAAGGUGCUGGAAGCAACAAAGUUGCUGUCAGAAACAGUGAUGCCGCGUUUCGCUGAACAAGUCGAAGUCGCCAUCGAGGCCUUGAGCUCCAACAUCCCCCAGCCGUUUGAAGAGAACGAGUUCAUAGACGCCUCCCGCCUGGUGUAUGAUGGAGUUCGUGACAUCAGGAAAGCUGUUCUGAUGAUAAGGACUCCCGAGGAGCUUGAAGACGAUUCUGACUUUGAGCAGGAGGAUUACGACGUGCGGAGCCGGACGAGUGUUCAGACCGAAGACGACCAGCUUAUUGCAGGCCAGAGCGCAAGGGCGAUCAUGGCUCAGCUUCCCCAGGAGGAAAAGGCGAAAAUUGCUGAGCAAGUCGAGAUCUUCCACCAAGAGAAGAGCAAGCUGGAUGCCGAAGUGGCCAAGUGGGACGACAGCGGCAACGAUAUCAUCGUGCUGGCCAAGCAGAUGUGCAUGAUCAUGAUGGAGAUGACAGACUUCACAAGGGGUAAGGGACCGUUGAAGAAUACGUCUGAUGUCAUUAACGCGGCCAAGAAGAUUGCUGAAGCUGGUUCGAGAAUGGACAAAUUGGCUCGUGCGGUGGCUGAUCAGUGUCCUGAUUCAGCCUGCAAACAAGAUCUGUUAGCGUACCUCCAGCGCAUUGCUCUGUACUGCCACCAGCUUAAUAUCUGUAGCAAGGUGAAGGCCGAAGUCCAGAACUUGGGAGGAGAACUUAUUGUAUCCGGGACUGGAGUUCAGAGCACUUUCACUACCUUUUAUGAGGUAGAGUGUGAUGUCAUAGAUGGGGGCAGGGCUAGUCAACUUUCUACCCACCUACCUACCUGUGCUGAGGGAGCUACGCUUGCAAACGGAGGCGGUGACUCUUCCAUGCUGAAUAGUGCAAAACCCUUUUGA